UUUGUGUCGUGUGUGUAUUUUCAGAGAAAGAAGAAGAAUCAAAACAAAACAAAAGAAUCGGAUGCGGAAAUCCUGCCUGCUGAUGUCUAUGUGGCGAUGCUUGUUCAGCUCCAGCAAGGAAAUAGACGAGAUUUUCCGUCAUGUCAUGAAACACGACGAAAGGUAUAUCCCUAAAGGCAAGCCCUCUGUGUGGCGGACGGACAAUGACCCCCGGAAUGCCCAAGAUUCCCACUGUCCAGGUGAACAUUGUAGAGGAUCGGGUGAUUGAUGCCAUCCAUGUCAGUGGGGCCACGAGUGUUUCCCUGCCAGGACAGCCUCUUCCGAGCCUGCUACGCAGCUGAUAAUGACGCGCUACCGCAGCCUGCUCGCUCGCUCUUCAGUUUCCUGGAGCUCGGUCGCAGCAAGAUCGCGGAGAUCUGGAGGUGAACUUCUCACUGAAGGAGACCGACAACAAAGGCGGCCGAGCCGAGCCGGGAGGCGCCCUUUGCAAGGUCGUCCAGAUGCAUCAGCUUGAGGAAGAGUCAAGUGACUGCGUUUUUCGUCUGCAAAAAUGAACUUGGCAAACACACACAUACACAUACACACAUGAACAGCAUCGUGAGAAUUAUUUACUGCAAUGUAAAUAAACUGUUUUUGGAUUCCCAAAUACUUAACAACAAAUGCUGCUCGUCUCGGCCGCAGAGAAUGGCCGAGCCGAAGCAAAGCACAAACGAUGGCAACAAUAACAACAACACAAUCGUCGAUGGUCGAUGCUGUCUGGAUGGAUGAGCCAACGCUCUGCACCGCCUCUCACUCGCUCAAUGAUCACUGGCCGGUCGCGAUCACGAUCUCCGAUCUCCAGUUCCAUUUUCCGUGCCAUUUGGAUGGUUUUUAGUUCGCGGCCAAUUGCCACAGCAAUUAAAUCGUUCGAAAUGGCUGCCCCCGCAGCAGCCCCAGCAUCCGUUAAACGCCUGCCAGACCCAGACCCAAAGAUUGCUGCAGUCGCAGCCAUGCCCAAAAUAACAAUUACAAGCAGCAGCACCACCAGCAGCAGCAGCAGCAGUAGAGGUGCCGCUGUGCCCAAAUCUCCAGAUGGUCUUACCGCCUUGGUGGCCAAAAAGAGUCUCACCUCCAUGUCCGAUGAGGAAAUUAUUCAGGAGAAUCUCAAGGAAAUACUGGAUCUUAAAUCCCGCGAGGAGCGCAAAGCCAAUGGACGCCUGGUGGCCGUCAUUGUUUGUUUUCUGGUGAUCUUUCUGGCCAUUUAUCAUGCCUGGAUACAGGAUGCCCUGGCUGGGGUCCUGGUGCCGGCCGGCAUAAUGCUGUCCUAUUUCGCUUGGGUCGUGGUCCUGGCCAAAAGGGAUAAGCACAAACGUGCCAUGUUUGAAAAGCAUAUCGAGGAGGUGGCCAUGAAGAACAAGAGCGAACUGGAGGAGAAGCAUUCCCGAAUGAAGCACUCUCACGGCCACGGCCACGGACACGGACACACGGUCACCGCCAUGAAUGCGGACCAGCAGAGCUGCAGCGGCAGUGCCUCGAGCAGUCUGCACUACGUUAACGAACUGCUGCCAAAUGGAGAGCACCGCAAGAAACAGCGCCGCCACAGACAGCGGCACGGGGAGGGGGAGAGGCCAGGACGUGCGCACCGUGCGACUGGUGCCACCACAGAGGCAACGGUGCAUCGCAGCGGAGGGGCCAAGAGGCCCAGCAUUAGACAGAAGCUGUUCGGCCAGAGCAUCGCGCAUGUGAAGCUGGUGGAGACGCAAAGCGACAGCAUGGACUCAACGGGCGGCGGCCCCACUGCUCCCACUGGUCCCAGCAGCGAGAAGCGCAAGAGGCUGCAGCGCAUGGACAACCUGCCCAUGCCCCAGGUGGUGCGCAUGAGCUCGGCGCCAUAGAAUAGAGUAGAGUAGAGGAAGGGAU